AGAUCUCUGUUUGGGAAUCCGCAUUCUUCGUACGUUUCCUUAUCUCCAACUGUAUACGCACACACACACACAAACACACAUAUGCAUGCGCGCAUAGACUCAUUCACACGAAUAGUGACCAGAAACAAAUCAUCAUAUAAAAAUAUAUCCCUGAAUAUAUGAAUAUGGAAUAAAUACUCAAAUAAUUAUAAUUUCUUUAAUGAUAAUCAUAAGGAUAUCUGUAUAAUAAUAAUAUAAACAGUAAUAACAACAAUAAUGAUGAUAAUACAAAAAUAACCCUGCGCCCUCUCUUCUCAGGUGAUCGUGCAAAGAACUCUCUCCAGUAAGAACAUGGUCCACGCCAAGGCUGGCUGUGUCCUGGCUGCCGCUUUGAAAUUCCUUCCAAUGUUCCUUCUGGUGUUCCCGGGAAUGGCAGCUAGGAUCCUCUUCACAGACCGCGUGGCUUGCGUCGUACCAGAGGAGUGUGAUGCAGUGUGUGGGAGUACCGCUGGCUGUACGAAUAUCGCUUAUAUUGAGUUGGUGCUUCGACUCCUCCCGACGGGUCUCUGCGGUCUGAUGCUGGCUGUGAUGAUGGCCGCUCUCAUGUCCUCCCUCACCUCCAUCUUCAACUCGGCCUCGACCAUCUUCACCAUCGACAUCUGGACGAGGAUUCGACGAGGCGCGACAGACAUCGAGCUCCUCAUCGUCGGCAGGGCCUUCGUCCUCGUCCUCGUCGUUAUCUCGGUCAUCUGGAUUCCUGUUAUCCAGGGCUCGGCAAAUUCCCAGUUGUUCGUGUAUAUCCAGAGUAUUUCCUCGUUCUUAUCUCCUCCAAUCUGCGCUGUCUAUCUCCUCGCUAUCUUCUGGUCAAGAACCACGGAACCGGGAGCUUUCUGGGGUCUGAUGAUUGGCUUAAUUAUCGGCCUUAUCCGGUUCAUCAUGGAAUACGCCUUUGUCGUCCCCCCAUGCGGAUCACUAGAAGAGGAUCCUCGCCCGGAAUGGAUCAAAAUCGUGGUUGGAAAUGUCCACUAUCUGCACUUUGGUUGCAUUCUGUUCGUGAUCGUCCUCGUGGUGACUGUGGUCGUGUCCUAUCUCACCGAGCCUAUCCCUGAGGAAUGCCUCCACCGCCUCACCUUCUGGACGCGAGGCAGCACGGAGGUCCGAGUGUCCAUCCGCGAGUGGUUGAACAGGAAGAAGACCGCCGCUGCCUAUACGAAUGAGGGCGUGGCGGAGAACGGCGGGGGGGAGGUCGUUCCGGAGAAGGAGGAAGGGGGGGAGGAGGUCGUGGAGGAGAAAAAGCAGAACAAUGCAGAGCGCAGUUCGUCGGUGUCGAGCAGCGGAGAAGAACUUCCCCUGUGGCGGAGGGCCCUCAACUGCGUGUGCGGGGUCGAGACGCAGAAGGUGUCGCAGGUGCAGGAGGAGAAUCCGGAGGAGCACCUCACGCCAGAGCAGAAAGCUACCAGGGCGGUCGAGUUCUUGCAGGAGAAGAGGCCCUGGACGAAUGUUGUAGAUGGAGCCUCUAUACUCGUCAUGUGCAUCGCUGCGUUUAUGUGGGGUUACUACGCCUAAAAGAACAGACACACUGGUUUAGACUGUCGUGUGUUAUUAGGCCUGAAAAAUUGGUCACAUUGGUCUAGACAUCAGCGUGUUCGAAUCGCUUUGUACAAAGAAAAUGCAAAAAAAGAAGAAGAAUCAGGGGGCAGGAAGGGAGGAUAGGAAGAAGAAGAUGGUGUACAGAGAACAAGAGAGAAGGAGACGAGAAAGAAAGAGUGAGAGGAGAGGGUGAUGGAAAGGUAGAUGAAGAAACAAAAUAAUGGGAAAUAUGAGAAGAAUCGUUUUGCAAGAAGAAACAUGUAUAGGAUUAACAAGGCUCACUAGUAUAAUUCGUCUUUUAAUGUAAGUUCUAUACUCAAAAUGUGUAAAAAUAAUAACAUUUUUGAUUAUCCACUGCAAGUAUAUUGUACAUUUUCUUACGUCUGAAAUGAAUGUUGUAACAUAAAAAAUAUAUAUAUAUUUGUGUGUGUGUAUGUGUGUGUGCGUGUGUGUGUGUAUAUGCUUUGUGUGUAUUUAUGUAAAUAAAGUGCAAUCAAACAAAA